AUGGUGCUGGUAGCUCACACCGCCUUCUCUGAUCCUGGUGCUAGCCCUUGCCACCGCUACGUUCGUCCACUGGACCUGAACGGCCGUGCCAAGCGAAUCGCAUUGGAGGCGAAUGUUGUUUGUCAGACACCGGGAGGUCGCCACCCCAGGGAGAUAUACUGCCAGAAGAAGGAGUUUAUCAAUGGCAUGGAGACUCUUGUUUGCUGCCAAUGCCGAAAAGAUGUCGAGCCAUUUGAGAGCCAGAUGGUGCAUUUCGAAAGACAUGAGGCAAAGGACACAAUGCAUUUCGACUUCUUCCCUCCAGGUAGCGUUAUCGUCGUGUUCACUUGCCUCGACGACGAGCAAUCACUAGCCCUUCAACAGCUGCAUCGUAUCGUUGAGACACAGGCAAGUCAUUCGCAAGCGCAACAACAUUUUGGAGCCAAAGUCCGCGCUACUAGUCUAUACUAUGCUGUUUUUUCCCUAGUUGAUGUAGAAAUGCUACCGCCUAUUACUUGCACCAUAACGCAAUCUUCGCAACCCCCUUUGCCCCUUCUGGAAGAACAUGCCCUUGCCAACGCCAUUAGCCAACUGAAUUUGUUUGACCUCAACUGGGCCCUCUUCAGGGCUGCUACAGAGGAGGCUGCAGAAGGUUCUGGCCGAGGUCCAUAUCAUGUUCCGGGGCAUGGUGAUCUUGUUUACUGUGGACUUCAGGUAAUGAAAAUGUGGCUUGAAAUUUGCUAUGGCAUAUUCCUAUCUCAUCACAAGCCACAUUGCACCAAUAUUUACUUAUAUUUCAUGCUUAUGUAA